UUGUUCCCUGAUUUGAAACCGGAAGAGUUCAGGACUUGUUUGUUCUUCUACCCAACGUGGGAAUAUCCCUCAUUCUCAUGAAGCUUGAGUCGGAUAUUCCACUAAAUAAGUGCUUAGUGAUGUUCAUGGCUCGUGAAUGCAGGGCUUUAUGUGCAAUAAAAUCGAUUAACUCCUCUUCGUGUUGCGAUGAAGUUCGUGUCAGAUUUGGUGGAAGGCUGUCUCGGACUGGAUGUGUAACUAGUCGUCCGCUGGCACUCGAUGCAGGUAGAGAGGAUGGGAGACUGGACUGCCCUGAGGUCGCGGAGCAGCGAGGAUGCAUUCCUCUCCCUCAUCAUGACCAAGUCUCAGACACCUGCACAUAAGAGGAACGGCGACGUCAUCUCCGGGAUACAUGAGCUGCAUUUCACACCAUCACCACAUAAAAGCAAACAGGAUUAUAUGAAUAUGGAUGAUGUGUUUUGUACAAGGGACAACAUCGACCAGUGUGUGGCUUAUUUGAACCAGGAGCUGACGAUGGUAGGCUUCAAGUCCAUGUACCAGAAUAACUCUGACACGUUUGAUAUGGUGGUGAUGGUGAACAACAUGCAUGAGUUACUCAAGCUACACCAGAAGAGUAGCAGAAUUAGGGAGGAUUUAGAAACAAAUAAACAGCGUACAGACAAUGACAUUGAUCACCUUCAGCAGCAUACGGUGCGACUGAAAGAGACCUGUAAGGAGUACGAGAGAGAGAUUGGAAGGUUCGAAGAGAAGGAACGACAAGUCCUCAACAAGAACAAAUCAUUGGUCAACAAACUCAAGGCGGAGAAAGAUGAGGUGAAGAGGUUGCUGUCUGUGAUCGCGCAUCGUGACGCUCAGUUCAAACAUGACCAGAAGAAGAAAGAGAGAGAGAUCAAUAAACUAAAGGAGCGCUUACAUCAGCAGCUGACAGACAAGAACCAGGAGAGGAGAAUAGGUAUGGACAUCUUGAACUCGCUCCAGCGAUCUGAUGGCAAGAGAGGCACAUGGAAAACAGGCUCAAAACAUGAAGAGGACAUGUACCGUCUCAUCAUCGGGAACUACGAGGAGAAGCAGAAGGAGCUGAUGGUAGAGAACGAUCAGUUAAGGCAGUGUCUGCGCGAGUUGCAGCGAGAACUCAUCUCGGUCGUCAACCACCAACCUGAAUCACCGCUAAAGUCAGAACCAGGGUUGCUGCAGGACAGCACCAUAGUAUCUGAGAAAGAUGAUGAUGCAGUCAGUGUCUCAACAUCCCAAUCAGUGGAUGAGUUGUCAGAGGGCUACUUCAAUAUGCCUGUGGAUAUGGUCAGGGAAGGAAUCGAGAAGAGUUUCAAGGAGAAGUGUCGCCACCUGAAGGAAGUCGUCCGAGGGUCGUAUAGGAAGAGAUUAUCUGUAGGCUCACCAGAGUCACUCCCAAGCUCAAUAGAACACACAGAAAAACUAGGUCAGCAGUUAGAAGACAAGAAUUGCCAACUGGAGCGCUAUAAAGACAUCAUUGAACAACAAGAGAAACUCAUCCAAACGUUACAAAUCCCGGCCAUGACUGAGAAUUUCUCGAGUUCUUUCUUCAACGAUUCUGAGCUUCUUGAGGAGAAGAAUCAGCUGACGGAGGAGAGGAAGCUGUUCUAUCAACAGAAGGCCAACUUUGAGGACGAAAGAAGGAACUUUACAGAUGCUGCUAUACGACUCGGACGCGAGCGUAAAACAUUUGAAGAAGAACGAGCCUCAUUCUUACAGCAGCAGUUUCUCAACAUAACACCAUUCACUGCCAGCCAGAAGGCCACAUCUCGUACAAGCUCCAUCCGGAAGACAUCAUCAACUAAGGGACCAGUGGCUGAUGUUGGUGCUAAACUCGUUCCCUCAACCCCAUGUUUCUCCCCUGCCCCCAAGCUCAAGGACUCAACACCGUCAACGACCGAGUUGUACAGGACGUUAGGGUUACGGCUUGAAGACCAGAAAGAAAAUCGCUCAUCUAAUAGCAGCUCCCGCAACAACAGCCCACGGUCAUUCCCACGAGACUUCAGCACGACAUCGUCAGGAAAAUCUUCGAGCCGAAAGUCAAGCACAGCCAGUCGAUCUGCCUCAAAGACAUCAAACACACGGGUCGCAGAGCAUGUGGAUAACCUCAAGUUAGCAUUAUUCCAGAAGAAGCGGACAGAGAGCAAUAGUUAGUAUGAUGGACAAUGAGUCUCUGGUCACAUGAACAAUGGGGGAGUGUUCACUUGCUAAUGGACAUUGUAGAAUAGACAUUUGGAUGGAUCAGUUGACGAAUAUCCUACAGCACCAUGGUGCAUUGAGGGAAUAAAGUUACUGUUAUCAAGUGAAUGAAAUAGUGCUUGUUUACUCAUUACAGGACUCUCUUUAAAGCAGUCAAUCUCGUGUUACAUGUGUUUCUGUCAUAUUGAAAGUUCCACCUGAGGUUGGCUGCCUGUGGUAUUCAUUCUGUUCACCUGCAUGUGCUGGCUGAUUGCUCUGGUCUCACUCGGAUCAGAGAGCUACAGAACUGUGUAUAUUAGACUUGAAUGUGCUCAAACUAUGGCUGACAGCAGCUGUGGCUUCUCAUUAUCAUACAUGGAAUUUGCUCAAGUGAAUUAUAAAAUUCAACAUUUCUAUGAAUUGUUUUAAAGAAGUCGCAUGUCUAUUUCUGACCCCAGUUUCAAUCUCAUAUCGUGAGGACUUAUGUAUCUUCUGGUGAUUGAAAGUGACAUGUUUGAAACUUUAUAAUGGAUUCAUUGAUUCUUCCUCUCUCAAUUGUAUUAGGACACAUUUUAUUUGUCUGACCUGUCAGUAUGCUCAUGCAACCUAAUUACUGUAUCAUAAACUGUUUUACUUUUGUACUUUCUUGGGUCACGUAGAGUUCCAUCGCUCAGAAUAGCUUUGAGCAGGUAACACUGAUAUUGUUUAUGGUGUAUUGUUGAUCAACUCCCCAAUAUCUUACUUGACUCUGGGUCCAAUGGAGUGUGGACCAGUAUUAAUAUAACACAAGUUUAUAAAGAAUGACCAAAAACAGUAUACUGCACUGACGCACAACAUGUAUGUCGGUUGAUGGUAUGUCACAAGUACAGUGUAGUUUCUUGAUUUAUGUUUUCAUAGAAUUAUUCUUCAUUAUAUUUGAUGAUCUCUCCAAUGUCUGUUCUCAUCAACAUCUUCGACAGUCAAAGUAGUAAAACCAAGCACCUCUAAUGUUGGAUUGGACUUUUCUCCUUAGUAGUGUUUGGGUCCAUUCAGAGGGUGAGUUGGACAAGUGGUCUCAGGAUUUCAGCCAAGGUACUCGGCAAAGAUAAAUCAAAGCCAUCCAUGAUGCCAGCUUCACAUUGGCAGUGGGACAUUCUGGUCCAUUCACCAAUGAAAGGAGUGGUGUAUCCUUGAUAUUUUGUACCUGAAUUUGUUAUCUGUGAAGAGCCAAAUAUGUAACAGACAAAGUGUGCAUGGUACCUGUGUCUCCACAGUCGUUGUGAAGCUGGCUCAUAACUUCUAACAUUCCAUACUGGUUAUUGUAUUGUGUGCUUAUUAUGCUUUAGGGUUUGAGGUUCACAUUAGUUUUUGACAAAAUUUGAUUUUGUUUUACGUCAAGUUCUUUGUAUUCUCUCUGGCCACUUGGUCAUUUGACCUGUGUGUGAUGGAGUAUGACAGCCUAAUUGUGUGAAGUCAAGCUUGUAAUGGCUGCAAAUAAUCCGAUUUUGACUAGUUAUUUAAGUUUUUGCACUUGCAUGACAAAGUAUUUGCUAUUGCACAUAGUCAUUAAAUAAAACAUAUCAUGUCUUCCUGAAGGGAAACAGCCAUGGCAUCUCAUCAUCUUAGAGAAUUUCAGGUUUCUUAGUAACUCUGUGAUUCUUUGUUUACGUUUAGUCAAGAGGGUUGAGAUGUUGAUAUUAUAACGUGUAGUGCCAUAGGUUGUGUGAUUAGUCUCAGUCCUUCCAUGAAGCUCCGUAUCCAUCCAGAUUCUCUUCAUUCAUUUCUGCAUGUAUUCAAUGAAGUGGAUUCAUUUGUAAUUGUUGUAAUGAGGUUGAAAUUGCCUCCCUUUGCCAGAAGUCUUCAGCAUCCUGGCACAACCAACACAUGUACUUACUGUUUAUUUAACAUAAUAUUGAGUUUACUGGUGACGUUUUUUGGACAUACUAUUGUCCCUUCAAAAGGAUACACUUAGUUACGUGCGGUACACUACACUACAGUUUGUGCGUCACCUGGCAUCUGUAAAUAAAUCGUCUAAAACGA